UUUGACACGCACUAAAGACAGUGCGGGCUGUUGAUAGAACAGAUCAUUACGGCUACUGCUUCUGAAUUGAUGCAACUUUUCGAUAACAAUUCGAUGAAAGAAAAUGCAAACUCUUCAUAUUUGUAGAUAGACAUCUUGCGGCAUACCAUCAUCUGAAUCUCUUCAGUUAAGUUUGACUGCAGCUUGAGAGUACAUCAUUUAGACUAGUUAGCGGCAUAGUCACAUUAUUGCUGUCAUCACAUUUGACAGUGUUAAAAAUCUGCAUUGUCGUGCGAAGAAAUGACAGAAGGUACCAACAUGACAGACAAUGAGUAUGAGACAACUAAAGAAACGGUUGCUGCGGAAACUGCGGAAGAGACACCAAUGAAGUCAUUUGAAACGCGCCCGGACGAAGUUGAGGAGAAUAAUGAGAACGGGGGAAGCAACGGAACCAUCCAAGAGCAGGUCCCCGUCACUGCGGAGGAGCCUGAGUUCGAGCACCCAGAAGGAGGAUGGGGGUGGGUGGUUAUGCUGGCUGCCAUGUGGUGCAAUGGAGCGGUGUUCGGAAUCCAGAAUGCCUUUGGUAUCCUGUUCAUGUCCCUUCUGAAAGAAUUCGGCUCAGCAGAUGAUGCGGACCUCAGGUUCAAAACAGCGUGGGUGGGCUCCCUCUCCAUGGGGAUGAUCUUCUUCUGUUCGCCCAUUGUCAGCGUCUUCACAGACCUGCUUGGCUGCAGGGUGACAGCCGUGGGCGGAGCCGCCGUGGGCCUGGUGGGAUUGCUGGCCAGCUCCUUCGUCACGUCCCUGGGUCCCAUGUACUUCACUUAUGGCAUCGUGUUUGCCACGGGCUGCUCCUUCGCCUACCAGCCCAGCCUGGUGAUCCUGGGACACUACUUCAAGAAGCGCCUGGGCCUGGUCAACGGCAUCGUGACGGCCGGCAGCUCUGCCUUCACCGUCACCCUGCCCUUCCUCCUGUCAAGCCUGCUGGAGAAGGUGGGCCUGCAGAACACCAUGAGGAUCCUCAGCAUCCUCAUGUUCAUCCUCAUGCUGGCUGGGUUAACCUAUACUCCCCUGCUGCCCAAACCUGUCAACAGCAAUAAGCCAGGCAGCCGCUGCCCACCCAUGAGCAAGGUGUUCAACGUCAGCAUCUGGAAGUCUCUGGGCUACCGGAUCUGGGUCUUCGGCAUCCCUGCAGCCCUCUACGGAUACUUUGUGCCUUACGUUCACCUGAUGAAGCACGUUGAGGAGCGCUUCGGAGAAGAUGCCAACAAGGAGGUUCUGCUCAUGUGCAUCGGCGUCACGUCUGGCGUGGGCCGCCUCAUCUUCGGCCAGGUGGCUGACUACGUACAUGGAGUCAACAAGGUCUACCUACAGGUGUCUUCAUUCAUGGUCAUCGGCGUGAUGUCCAUGAUGAUUCCUCUGUGUCAUGUGUUCGGAGGGCUGAUCGCUGUGUGUCUGCUCAUGGGCCUGUUUGACGGCUGUUUCAUCUGCAUCAUGGCCCCCAUCGCCUUCGAGCUGGUGGGCUCCCAGAACGUGUCCCAGGCCAUCGGCUUCCUGCUGGGCAUGAUGUCUGUGCCCAUGACCGUGGGCCCUCCUAUUGCAGGGUUCCUCAGGGACAGGCUGGGGAGCUACGACGUGGCCUUCUAUUUGGCUGGUAUCCCUCCCAUCGUUGGUGGGGCCGUGCUGUGUCUGAUCCCCUGGGUGGAGGCUAGACGUAUCAGGAGAGAGCAAGAGGCAGCCACGGAUGGCACCCAGGAGCAGAUGCUGAAGUUCAAGAGGGACAGUGGGGGUCAGGGAGAUGCACUUGCAGCGAAGACCGCAGACCCCAAUUCUGUCAUCUAAAACACACUCAAAACAAAGAGAUGCGUCCGGACAUCAGAGUUCAUACUCACUUGCAGGUAUACACUUGGAACUGCUGAUUAUAUAUUUUUAAUGAUACAAGUAUAGACAAAAUAUGUAUUGACCUGUGGUGUAUGUGUAAACAAUAUUUUAAUGGCUGCUUUUGCCGGAGAAUGUGGGGAAAAUGUUGAAGUAAUAAUACAUUGAACAUGAAUGUGAUCUUGAAGAGCUAUGCAUCAGAUUGUUGUUUUCCAUCAAUCUUACAGCUGUUGAAUUAACUUAAAGGUUCAAAUGGAAAAUGGAGAAAUCUCACAUUUUAUAUUUCUUACAAGGGAACACGCGCAUUACUUGGGUGCUUUUUGAAGGCUGCAAGCACUUAUUUGACCUAAGAAUAGCAGAGGCCAGUCUCGCUAGCAAAUUCUCCCGUUUUCAAUGUGCAUUCUUUAAGGGCAUUGAGGAUCAUUAUUUUCAUUGAGUAGAAAUGUCCAAUACAAACUUGAAUAUAGAUUUUAGGCGUUGCAGAAUUUUGAAAAGAUAAACACAAACUAGAUUUAUUGGGUUUGUUUUUAAAACUAUAUUUCCAAUCAACACUGGGGACAUAAUUGGCCAUAUAGGGUCAAAGAAACUAUCUAUUGUUUCUUAAAUGACAUAAGUAGUAUAAGUACUUGCUUGUCUUGACUACAGUAUAACAAAGAUACAAAAAGUAUACUGGUGAGUAGAUUUAAUAACCAGGAAAAAUAUUGUCAAUGUUAAGUCACCCUUUUCUGUUUAUCUGUGGGGGUUUUGAUACUCUCUUAAAACAUGGCAAGAUUGUGAAUGUGUGGGGAAUUAGUGAGUUAUAUUUUUGAAGUAUGACCCGAGUGUACAAUAUCACUUCAAAGAAGUACUGUAUGCGAUAAUGAGUGGCGAGGUAGCUUGUUUCUAGUGGUUGUAGGAUUUACCAUUGUCUUAGUUUUAAAGGUGCUCGGCACCUCAAGGGAGCAGCUUAAAGCACAAUUAAAGCGUCCCGCCCAUGAGAUGUGAACUGUCAUCAUCGUCAUCUCAAGACUGCAGUAGUCUGGACCUGAAAUAGGCCUGACUUUACCUGAGGCUGUAUUCAGUCGUAAUGAUCUCUGAUAGUUUAGCUUAUUUUGCCCACAAAGUGCCUAAAAAUCAUUUUCAGUGUUUCUACAUCAGAACCAACAUUGUAAUUUCAUUGUACGUAGUUUAUAGCCAGCACAAAACAGGAUCCUAAAACUAAACGUCUGCUUGUCCGACUAUGCAUCGUGAGUGAAUGAUGAAUGUCAAUGUUGAUUUGUAGGGAGUCAUUGACAUGAAACGUGGAUUAAUUCAUUCAUAUUAUGAAUUCAUUUAUUGUUGAAGUUGAGUAUUUUAUCCCGCACAUAUAGUAAACUAAUAUUAUACUUUCAGCAUAUCUUCUAAUUGUAGUAGGCUCACUCGCUCCACCAUAUUUCAAAUGUAAUUUGAGAUGCGAGCACCAUUAGUCAUUGACAAAAGUGACCAUUAGUCAAUGGUUAACUUGACUCAAUGUAACUGUGCUCAGUUUAACCUUUUAUUAGAAAAAGUAUUUGUUUUAACGAUCAUAUUAUUCAUAUUUGUAUUUAUUUUUUUCUAUAAUUUGUUUAGUGGCUGAUGUCAUGCCAUAAUUGAUGGGUGUUGGCCUUUCUCAUUAUUUGAUGUAUUGAAGGCCAAAUGGUCCACCAUUUUAUUUUGUAUUGAUUAUUCUGCCUGUGGCCUUGAAAUGUAAAGAAAAGAACAUGGCUGAUUUGUCUACAGCCAACUGUUUACCAAAGCACCACCCUCGGGAUAGUUUAUUAGGCUUUUCAAACAUGUUAUCACCCCCCUGCAAUUCAACAAUCAUUGAUAAUUAUAAAGAUUGCCCUUGGAGAACUUGAGAACCCACAACUUUUACAGUGAAGGAUUUUGACUCUACAAUCCCUUGACCACUAAGCACGCAGAAAAGUCAUAAUUUAUCAAAAUCCAUACUAUCCAGCUUUGGGGUUCAUUGGUUUCUCCAAGGCAAGACUUGUGAAACAAUCUACCUCCGAUGUCAUGCAAAUUUCUGGUAUUUUGUCCUGACAGGCUGGAGCUUCAAAUGAUUACAAAACUGGCCAUGUUUCCCUUUCCUGUCAUGGUCCUUUAUUUAUUAUCCAAACAUAAGGAGAGAGACUGUGUAAAAGAGUAUUUCAGCUUCCUAGACAUCAUUGUUUCCUCAAAGGGUGUAUUGCUGCCUAUCUGUACCACAGAACCGUGUUUGUGUCUGAGAAGUACAGUGCUUCAGUGGAAUUUUGUGACCUGGGAAAUGCUAAUAAAUCUCUAAUUCUGAGAAGAAAAGUUGCUAUCUUGAACUUCAAUCUUGCUUUUGGAAUUCUCUUUUUUAAGCUUUGAAUUUCCACAUUUAAAUGUUUUGCUGUUAACGUCAAAGUAAAAUAAUACCCUUGUUACAAGGAAUGUUGGAGAUGUUUUGUUUUCCUAACCAGAGAAUAUCUUUCCAAUAGUACAUUUCUAAAUAUAUAAUUAGUUUUAUAUAUUUUUUUUUACAUCAUAGAUACACAGUUGCGCAAUUCACCAAUGAAAGCCUCAGGUAAUUUUUCAAGUAUUGUAAAUUCCUGAAAUUGUACCUCCCAGAGGUUUUCUGAGAUGCCCCUUUGCCAUAAACCAUACUAAUCGUUUGAGUAUAAUUAUUGAUUCUCAUACUGAAUGAAUUCCUUGCCAUCCAAAGAAGUCACUUUUUGGGAAUGUCCCGGUAUUUAGAGAAUGUAAAGAGAAUGUAAAGAGGAGUCUAUGCAUGUUCUAUUUUUGUUAAGUGGCUAAAGACCAAAUUCAACAGCAUAUUGUUUGAAAUGGUGUAAUAACAUGUUUCUACAUACAUACUGUAUGUAGGUUAUAUAGAUGUUUAUAGCAACUCUUGCUGUACACAGGAGUAAUUGUGUGUAUUGAUGCCUAAUAAUGCAACAAGAAUCCUGUAAUGCGUACUGUCACAAAGAAAUGUAUACUUUCACCCCAUGUUUUCUGUAAUUGUUCUGCAAUUUUCCUGGUUCACUUCUUUAUUGUGUACACAUUGUGUACUGCUUAUCAUCCAAAUCCCCCAUAGCUUUAUUUAAUCAUUUCAGCAUGUUAUUGCUUUUCAUAAAGUCUUAUGUUUUUUUUUUAAUUGCAUGAUUGUGUGAUAUGUAAUAAACACAUUUUAAAUACA